UCUUAAGCGGGGGAGCCCUCUGUACCGGCAGCAGCAUUGGCGUCGCAUAAGAAUUAUGUAGACGCUUGCGAGGCCUGCUGCGUGGCGCCGAAACGGCGUCUCGGGCCUAGUUCUCCUCGCGCCCGCUCUGGCGCCACUACUCUGGUACAGCUAGGGUGCCUCGAUGCCCAAGGUGCCCUAUAGUACAGCCAAUGCCUCCUUUACUAGUAAAGGAGGCUUUACUAGUAAAGGAGGCAUUGGUACAGCCGAUCACGGAGAAGCGCUUCCACAGCCGCGUUGGUACGCGCGACAGUGACUCUAAUCAGGUCGUAAAUAACGCGUUUUAUAGUUGAACAUUACAGGUUAAAUAUUGAAGUUGUUAUUAGAAGUGCUGAUUACCCUACAUAUGUGAAAGGUCUGCCCUAUAGGAGUGGGAAUCUUUUGUAGAGUGGGCCUCAAUGCCCCAUGAACGCUGCCCGCUCGACUCACCUGAAAUGAAAAGUGCUCUAUUACGAAUAAUCGGCAGUGGAUUUACGUGUUUCUUCAAGACGAAGCAGUGAGUGAUGCAGGCACUGAGGAGGGUAGUCAAAGGGCCCUGAUGCAUUUUCUCCUGAACUAUAACUUUCCCUCCAUCUCUCUGUUCUUUGAAAUCUGGCAUUUGCGGCAGGUUGGGCAGGUUAGUAAAGGUGCAUGACUUCACUUUUGCCACGAAACGGUGGCAAAAUAAGAUACGCAGAAAUGACAAACGCUUGAUCUGUGUACGUUUCUUCCUUCUGCCUCCGUUUUUUUUUUUUAACGCGCUGCUCAUCUAGCAUCUUGCCCGUGCUUCUGACAUUCUUUUUUUGCAUGUACUGCGGAUAACUGGGAAACACAGUCGGGACCGCCGUCGGAAGCAAAAGCCUAAUCUUCGUGUUCUUUUUAUAGUCAUUCUCAGUAAAAUGUAACGUACAUAUCAGCGACCUGUCGUUUGGUUCCCACUUGCUUUCUUUCCCUGACGGCCCUUGGCGAGAAAUUCUUCAGCCACGCUUCCCGACGCUGUAGAUCACAGGGGAAUUCGUAUUAGUUCAGAGUAGCGUCUCUUCUCGCGUUCGAGUUGCACAGCGGCACACAAGAGCUACGCGGUAUCACACCGCUAGAAAAAACCGUCUGCCACACACGCGCACACCACAGAACCGUACACAAGCACAGGAAAGAUGAGGCAAGCUGCUCACACACACGAUCACACAAAAAAAGCACACGAGAAUGCGCACAAAAAAGCACACCACGUAUAAAUCCUGAGGCAACCACGUUGUAGCACGAACCGGCGUCUGCCUUGCGUACCGGAGCAGUGGCGUCCUCACAAAAAAAAAAAAAAAAAAAAAAUUACACCAUUCUCCCGUAGGGGAACCCUGAGUAGUAUGCGCAGCAGCCAUGGGGUCGACCACGGCGCUGACACUGGCGCUGUCCGUGGCACUCAUCGCGGCGUUGCGUAGGUAAGAUUUCCGACGCUGCUCGACGAGUAAUGGCUGAUCUCGUCGAAAACCUCCGAGCCGCCCCCAGAGGCACUGGCAAGUCACCAACGCCACGCGCGUUCGGUGCGAACGCGGAUAAAACACCGACGGCGUCGACAACAGUUCUGCGCGUUGUGGCGCCCCCCAGCGGAGUAUGCAGCGCCUGCCGUCGCGCCUCUAACCUAAGCUGCUUCGCAUUAUCGCGCGCGGAACCGCCGGUGUUGCCAUUCGUUGCGCAAUCCAGAGAGGAGAGGAGGGGGAGGAGGAUGCGCAUGCGCAGUAGGGGUGUGGACGCCGCACGGCGGAGGGAGGGAGUGACAUAGCCCCGACCAUAAGCUGCUUCGCAUCUAAAACAGCGGCCGCAUCUGUCAACUCAGCCGAGACGCGCUCGCCCAUUGACGGCGACGCGACGCAGCAGGCCGCAUCUUUUACGUGCGAAGCAUCUUAUGGUCGGGGCAUAGCCUCCUAUAUUUUAUUGCGAUAGCAAUUAUAUGGACACUCAAAAGCAGAUUUCUGCCGUCGCCGUGAGGUUCCGUAUGACGUCAAUGGAGAUGAAAUCGUCGCCGCGCGCCGAACGCUGUAUGUGCGAGUGAAAGGGCGCGAGGGGCGCGCUUUCACGGGGAGUGAACGCACGGCGGAGAACAAACGCGCGUUCUGCGCCAUGCUCGCUUAAGGGCUGCAGAAGUAGGCGUCUCUUUCCUCCUUUACAAUCACCAUAUAUGUAGAGCAAACGCACCUUCUUCCGACGCGCGAGAGGCCGUGGGGGAGGGGGGGAGGAGAGGGAGGCGACGUUUAGCUGCGGCACCAAGUGCCUAUUUAUAUCAGAGGCUCCGGCAACAGUCACCAACGCCGCACGCAUUUUGAGCGAACGCGGGCAAAACGCCGACGGCGUCGACAACAGCUCUGCGUGUUGCCGGUGCUGCUGCAUGUCCAAGUUUAUGCAGCUGAUAAAGCUACUAUCAUUACUCCGUAUAGCUCUCCACAAAUUUGCUAUCGUAAUUGAUGCUUCGCCUUUCAGGUGAAACUACGACAACUUUUUUUAAUGCCCGCGCAGUGGAACGGCGGAGGCCGUCCGCUGCCCUCCCCCUUCCUCCUCGAUUUACGCCUGCCUUCUCCGCAAGAGGCUCUCGCACCCCACACCCCAUACGCACCCCAUACGGCAGGAACGCUCGCGUUCCUGUCGACGCGAGCGGCGUCGCUUGACGCGUUUCGAUCUUGGACGCAAGCGGGUAUAAAUACGGGUCCACCGCUCGUGCUGCCAGAGUCCGACGAACGCCGUAGGCGCGCUUGCUGUUUUCGCUGUUGCCGAGUUCGCUUGCUUUAGGGGCACAAGUUCGCCCAAUAAAUUCUAUUUUAAGUUCAUCGUUGACGCAGUGUUACUUUCUGUCUACCUGCGUGCCAGGCAGCCCACCGUCACCUACGUGACAAUAUUUUAUGCUGCAUUACUUUCGACAUACCUAUUUGCUUUUCUAUCCGCACUGUGGAAUCAGUUGGGGUGCCCUGCGCCCGACAAGAUGCAGUACUGCUACGUACCACGCUGCAAGUCUUCGAGCAAACAACGGACGCCGGGCAUAUCGUUCCACGAGAUACCAAGCGAUCCGGAACUGCAAGCGAAAUGGCUAAAGGUCAUUUCUUGGGACGACUGGACACCGAAUACGACAUCGUGUUACUCGACUGUAUGCAGCCGACACUUCGGUUUCUCCGAAUUCAAGGAGGGCUGCAAAAUUCGCAAACUCAAGAAAGACGCUGUUCCCAGCAUUUUCGAAGAGUAACCUGCGUACCUGUAGCCUCCGAAAAAUAGAGAGAGAAACGACGGGUCUGUGAGUAAACGUGAGGCAGCUGCGCCAGUGAACACACCACCGCCGAAACGAAGAGCAGUUGAGAGCCAACUGGAGUCUCCUUCGCUUCCUCUCAAUGACUUGCCGUCCGUCGACGUCGCCUCUCAACAGUUAUCACUGAUGGAUUGCUCCGCAACCGAACUGCCACUACCUCUGGAAAACGGCGCAAGCGAGCGCUGCAUCACUACGACCGUGCAGGUGGACAGAGCUGUGCAGGUGUCGUCAUUAUUCUCGGUUUCGGCAAUGGACAAACGAAAGUGGAGACGUAAGGAGCGAGACUCGAACGCGCGAAUUGAGCGACUCAAGAGUACCGUUGACAAGUACAAACAGGAACUGCAAAAGCUCAAGGAAGAAUGCUACGUGUCUGCAUUCCUGCAAGUUGUGGAGAAAGCAAAAGAGAAAGGCUUGGCUGCUUCAAUAUUAGUGGAACAAGUUCAGAAUUUCGCGAAGAAGAAACCAACGUGGUCUGAGGUGACAGUGCGCCAUGCUGUGGUUUUGCGUAACCUCUCGACUCGUGCAUACGGACACGUAAGGAGCACAGGUAUUCUUCGGCUUCCCUGUCGAAGUACCCUCGAGCGCUUUAUGGGCUCAUCACGUGGAGAAGUUGGCAUGACCGAACUCGUGAAGCAAAGGCUGUCUGCAGAACUCGCUUCUCAACCCUCAUUGCAAGCGAGGGCAUGCUCUCUAAUUGUAGACGAAAUGCGCGUCAAAGAACGGCUACUGUAUCACAAGCAAAGAGAUGCCUUCAUCGGCGAAGUGGACUAUGGUGUGAACUUCCCCAAAGAAACAACAAAUGAGCCUGUGCUGGCGAACUCACUCUUGUGUGUCGUCCUUAAUGGCCUUUCAGUUUUGUUCAAAAUACCCGCGGCGUACUUUUUCGCGAGAAACUGCACUGGCCGUGAGCUGCACAUGCUUAUGAGACACCUUCUAAAGGAAGUUGAAGAAAUAGGAUUUUUCGUUGUGCGCAUUGUCACAGACAACCACAAGAUCAAUGUCUUGGCUAUGCAACUUCUGUGCAACGGAAGCCUCAAGCACUGCAUUGACCACCCUGGAAAACUGAAUCGAAAGCUCUUUCUUGCAUUCGAUCAGUGCCACCUGAUCAAAAACGUGCGAUCACAGCUUUUGUCCCGUGACAUCGGAAAAGGCGGUGAAAUAUCAGCGAACCACUUGAAGAGCCUCUACAGAAUGCAGCAAGGCAGCUUUGUAAAUCCAGUACGAUUUUUGACGAGAAAGCACGUAUUGCCUACGAAUAUGGAAAAAAUGAACGUGCAGAGAGCAGUGCAAGUUUUUUCUCCUCCCAUGACAGUUGCAAUGAAGCUCUUGCAAGAGCAGGCGGGCCACACGUGCGACGCAAGCUUCGCGGGUGUUGGACCGCCGGUGCAAUUUAUGGACACCGUGCACCGCUGGUUCGUGCUCAUGGACGUGAGUAAUUGUACCCAGCACAUACAUCAGAAGAAUGCAGACUGCAAGCAGUUUGCAUCUGCAGGCGAUGAACGGCUAAUCUGGCUGGAGACAAGCUUCCUCGACUACCUGGCCGAUCUCAAAAGUCAGUGCCUGGCAAAGAACUUCCUAACCAAAGAGACUUAUGAGGGUGUUGUGAUCACAACUCGUUCGAACGUUGAGUGCAUUAGAUAUCUUCUUGAAGAGAUGUCUUUUCACUUCGUUUUGAUGAGGAAAAUGUCAUCGGACCCAAUUGAGUCGUUCUUUGGCUGGCUGAGGAAAUCACCAGGAUCAAAUGACCAAACGGACGUCCGCGCCGUGCUCACAGGCAUUGAGAAAACCCUCAAGACCGGUAUAGCAUCGGCGUCGAGUACAAGCAACAUAAUGGCAGCAGAAGAGAUUGAUUGCUUGUCAAUUCUGCCGCAACAGAAAAACACAAGGGAGCAAACCAGCGAGAAAUUCCCUGCAGAUGCACGUAGAGAGCUCAUAGAGCGACUAAACCGAGAUAAACCUCUACUUCCCACUCCAGAUGUGGCCGCAUUGGCUAUGGUUGGUGGCUACCUCGCAAGAGCCGUACGAGAAAACUUCGAAUGUGAGGAGUGCUUCGCGCUCUUAACAAAGCCAAACGCCUCGACACCACCGGACUCGCUCAUUAAACACCAAGACCGCGGUGUACUUCUUUACCCGUCCGCACAACUUCUAGAUGUUCUCUACGCACUACAGAAGUUCGUCGAAGUUCUUCUAGCAAGAAGAAGGCGUAUGCAUCACCCUUUAAAGGAGGCUGUGAACAAUGCUACCGAAAGCCUCCGCGAGCACAAAGCUUUGAUGUGUUCAAAGCCAGGCCACCAAGAAAAUUUGCUCAAAUUGUUGCUUACGAAGUUCUUUCGCCCAAUAUUCACCAAUUUCGCUCUGAAAGCGACAGACAAACAAGAUGUCGCCAAAGUGGUCACAAUAAAGCCACUGUCACGAAAGACCCUGAAACUGUGAGCUUGAUCUCACAGCUGGGGGCCUAAGUGAAAGGUCCAGUUUUCACAAUAUGUUUCGUGUUGCUUGCUUUCAAUGUACUGUGGGGAUGGAAAGAAACGCGAACAGUGCGGCACCUACAUUCUCUGAUAUUUCGCAUUUCUUUUCGAGUGGUUGUAGCCUGCAUGAUAACUAGAAGCCACUAGAAUAAAACUAUUCUAGCAUCUUUUUAUUCCCACCAGGGUCACAGCAGGAUGAAAACAUCGCGCCGCACUGUUUGCCUUUCAUCCCAUCACCCCUGUACAUUAUGAACAAACACCAGUGGAACCUGCGCAUUUAUUUCACAGCUCCAUCUCUAAUACGAGCGCAAGUUUCUCUCCACAAGCACGCGCGCAACGGCGUAGUCGCGUCGUCUGCUCUGGGACUGGGUAUGGGGUUGCAGCGCGGCGUGGUGGCGAGCGCAUGAACUAGAAGGUACGGGCGAAGCGCCUUGCUGCGCUCGCCACUCGGCGGGCAUGAAAAAAUAUAGGAGGCU